AAUGCCACACGAAAUUUUUUUCAAGUUUAAAUUAACUACCUAGUAGUACUGCCAACGACAAGAGAACGAGCAGGGACCCUUUUCCAGCAGUGCGCUACAUUGCGUGCGAAGCCAUCUCCGCCGCCAGGGCGAAGAGGCCAUUGUCCUCAUCUGUAUAGUGCUUUUUUUUUUUUAAAGUGGUUUUUAUCCUUUUUCAUAAUUUUUUCUCUCGCACACUUUGAGUUUAUCCAGCAUCUCUUAUGCAACCCCAAGCGCCCUCCCGUUCCCAGCGGGAGAGCCCAGGAGUGAGUAGGCAAGUCAACAAAGCACAGCUUUGCUGACAGCCCAGCUCACUCACUUGACAUUGCGCCACAACAGCUUCGAUGCCCUCUCAACCAGAUCCGGUCUGGCUGAGGAAGCAAGCUCGAAGCGGGAGUGGGGGUGUAGAGAGAUGAGCUACAAAAAUGUUUGCCUAGACAUUUCUCAGGCCACCUCAACAAGCCAUUGUUGAAUGGGAGAAGAGACCGAAUUAACGCAUCCGAUUCGGUUAGACUCCCUGGCGUGUCGUACUGGCACAGGUAUGAACUUGUGAGGUGGAAAAGGUCAACAGCAUUCAUGGCUGGGAAAUAUCGCGGCGAAACGGUGGAUGGAAGAGGCCAUUCACUCGUCACUGCACAGCAGGGACAAAGCAUGAAGCCCACCCUAUCAUCGUCUUUCCAGUCAUCAACAGCCCGCACAGACUUGCCGGCGGGCGUGCACACCCCUGUCAACAGCCAGUGUCCGCAUGUGCCAAAACAUUCCAGAUAUUUCAGCGUCAUGAUCGUAAUGCGUAAUUGUUGGUUUGACGUUGUUCCAAGAAAUGUCGCUAGCUGGUUUGAAAUCCAGUUCAAAAUCCAGUCAGUCAGCGUUGGAAACAAAUCGUUGAGCUGAAUAAAACCGCUUGUGUAAUAUGAGUACUUGAUUCGAAGAGAAAGCGUCCAAUCUCAGCAUCUAGCCAGAGAAAUUAAGCUAUCCAUGUGUUCAAUAAUCGUAUCGCAUACUCGUGAGGUUAUUCGUAACUCAUUCAUGUCGUCGUCAAAUGUGUCGUGAUGUGUCAUUACGCAAGACAGGAUAAGGAAAGACACCAAAAGAGUGGCCUGAGGUAUUAUUCGCAGGCAACACAUCUGAGAGGGAGAUCUUCCAAAUGAAAAGAAAAGUCUGCUUCGUUGCUGCCUCGUCGGUAGCAACGAAGCGGACGAGAAAAGAAAGUGUAGGAAUCAAAUCCAAUGGAGGUUUCGGGCCGAGCCGAUUGUUGUGCAUUGCUGCAGUUGCCUCUUAUCUUUAACCCAAUGGUACCAGAAAACAAGAACAAGGAAAAGUAGAAGAGAAUGUCGCAAGCCGCUGGCGUCUGUGCCGAAGAAAAGAGUCCCCGCCCGGUUGAACACGCAUCCAGAUUGUCCGCCUCGGAUCCAGCCAUGUUGGUGGUAUAAUGUAAGGAAAAACAAGCAGCCCAAAAGAAAAUGCCGAGCUAGCGGCUAUAACGCGACGGAUGAUGAUGUUUCCCGGACUUUCAACGAGGAACUAGAUUCGAAACCAUUGUACACGCUUGCUGUGUCGCCGAUAGCAAAAACGGAAAAAAGAACCAAGAAUGGAAAGAAG